AUGCGAUGUAAUCAUACCAUUGGGCAUUCUAAUGGUUUAGUUUGUUACCUUCGAGGCAAGGAUUUAUUUACUUAUACUCCAUCUUCUCCGUGGACUUAUUUUUCACUAGAGAUUUGUAACCCUAGUAGGCUAGAAAAAUUAAUCAUUGCGUCUCGUAUUCAAGUUCAUUAUGAUAUAUGUGGGUUUCAGUUUGGAUACAACAUAUUGAACAGUGAGUAUAAGGUGAUGUGUAUCGCGAAUUAUAAGGAUGAAUAUGAGUACUUAAUCUAUACAGUGGGAAGUACUCAACCAUGGAGAAAGAUUAAAAACCCAUGGCUAAAACAUCGUCCGAUUUAUGAUGUUUUGAGUGGCGAGUGGGCGUGCCGGCCCAUCUCCUGUAAUGGAACUCUCUUUUAUUGUAUGAUAAAAGAAGAAAAUGUGGAGGAAAAAACCCGUGUUUUGGUAUCGUUUGAUCUUACUGAUGAGCAGUUUCAAGAGAUUAAACCUCCAAGUGAAGAAUUUGUUGGGUAUUUGGAUGAGGGCGAUUUCUAUCAUUUGGAGUAUAAAGGAUGUUUCUGUUGUGCAAUCAUGAAGCAGUUCGAUCCUUUUAAUGGUAAGGUUGAUCUACAUAUACUUAAAGACGCAAUUAAACAUGUUUGGUUCAGGGAAACCGUCAACUUCAAUAUUUCUUCAGAAUUUGGCAGUACUACUAUCAUUGCUGGGUGUCGUAAUAUUAUGUGUUUUUCUGACCAGGUAAUUCUUGAUUGGAGGUUGCGUAAUGAACAAAACAAUCAUGUUAUGCUAUUAUACAAUGUACUCACAAAAGAAUUCUUUAAAAACCUUAGCAAUGGCGUCGACUAUCGAUAG